AUGGAUAUUGCGCUGGCAAACCUCCCUUACCACAUCUUCAGUGACAUCACCUUAUACCUCCCUCCCGUACAGGUCCUUAGAUGCCGGCGCAUUUCUCGCAUCAUACACGAGGCCCUCACGAGAGAUGAGCUCUGCAUCACGCUCAUCUUGAAGCAUUUCCCCCGCGCGCUAGAAGGUCGGCGACUCAGACAGCUUCUCGAGGCCGGCGAAGCUGAAUCUCUGGACCAAGGGGACUGGGCUACCGCGUAUGCGCGGCUGGCGAGGCGGUACCAUCAUCUGGGCCGGGCAGAGCCCUGGAAGGAGAUCAAGGUCCCUGUGCUGAGAAAUGCAAAGCUGCUCCAAGGCGUGGCGACAUGGAAUCGGCUCCUGAGCUUGGCCAACAGGAACACGCUCUUUCACUACCAGGAUCCGGUAUGGACGGUGGCACCGAAAGAAGGGCUGCUGGUCUAUCCGGCGCCGAAGACGGAAUACUCCAGCCCGGAAUACCGGGCCCGAGAUCUGGCGACCGGGGUGGAGGUCAGGGUUCCGUUUGUGUUGAAGGGCAAGAUUGUGAGGCGGCUGCGGAUCAGCCAUGGCAUUCUUGCGAUUGAGUGGUGUCUAAACACUCCAAGCAAAACCCUCUACGUCGAUGGAGAGUUUAUUGGGGGAGAGUUUCAUAAACACUAUGCAACCUUGUACGACGUCCGUCGAACUGGAUCUUGGGACGGCAUCAUUCCUCAGCGGCCUGCUCUUGGCGGCACUGCGCCGACUUACACCUGGAAGAUCAAAUUUCGCUGCGAAUUUUUGAUUUAUCCCUUUGGCUUUCCGGUGAACACCGUAGAUCGAUUCUUCUCAACGCAUAACGCUACUCAUUACGCCGUUUACACAUGGCAAGCCACGCGCUUUCCCCAUCGCACUAUGAACGACACUAUACGACCCAAAGAGCAGCUCACAAUAUGGGAGAUUGGUGCCCCUUCGACAUACAGACCGUCUGACGAUGUAUUUGGCAGUGUGCAGCGAAUUUUAAAUUUGGGUCCUCGCGUGAUUCGCAACAUGGCGGACGUUCAACUUGAGGACUGGUCCGUCUUACAAGGCCAUACACCUUCGUUGCGCACAUUGGCCUUGGACGACUGUACCUGGGAUGCAUCCAGGAGUACUGCCUGCGGCCACGUCUUCUUCACAGAGGAGGAACACAGAUGGUCUUCAGGCGGACACAGCUCCAGGCGUCUGCCGCGUUUCCAUCUCGUCAAGACAACAGGGAUACCGCUGAUUGGCGAGGGGCCAAGGUGGGUGGAUGAGUGUCGAGGUGGGACCGAAGCCAAUAUACAACCCUCUCGCAGAAGCAGAUGGAGGAUACAUGCAACCGAGGCAUACGAAGAGGAGGACAGCGACUACGACGAUGAUGGCGAGAAUGCCGAAGCUGCCGCCGAGGGCAACAGAGACGGCGACAGCAGCGGCACAACUGUCCUGAAUACAACCGCAGCAAGUUCGUUUCUGGAAACAAGACCCUGGGUCAGACACUCAGAAACAUGGCCCGGUCGGGCUCCUUGCUGGCGCCAUAUUGAGUUUCCCUACCUUACAAUGUCUGAAGUCUUGGAUAUCCCUGCCGGCAUCCGCAUCGUUGCCCGAAACUGCUUCAUGCUGGCUGUCAUCUCUACCUUUCCAAUGGAUAAGAUCUAUAUCCAGGGCGUCAACAAAGACGGCCCCAUACACCGAAAGAGAAAGGGAAAAAGAAAUAUCAAAAGCUUGAGUGAUUGCUCGAGGCCCUCCAGCUCUAGCUCCAGCUCAAACCCGUCAUUUCUCCUUCAAAGUGACCAAUUGGCCGAUACGAUGCAGAACCAGGGCAGGAAGGAGUCUCUUCAGACAGAGGUCCCAUUCGGAGCGAAGAUGUGGCCGCAGAUCAUGUGCAGGGGAAGCAUCUUUGGUGAUGAGCGGUGGCUCCUUGGGGAGACUCCUGCUGGAGACGUGCUCAUUCUUGUCUUCUGA